CUGAAAACCUACUUCCUAAGAUCUCGUCCGAAGGUAGCGAUGGAUUUCCAGACUCUCACAAGAAGAGAACUCCAGGCUCUAUGCAAGAAGAACAAGAUCCCUGCUAACUUGACCAAUGUUGCCAUGGCCGAUUCUCUCAAAGCUCUCGAUAUCGUCGAUGGGAUUGAGGAGUUUUUGAAUAACCGAUCUGAAUUUGAAUCUGAGCAAUCCAUCGUUGAUACGCCAAUUGCCCCUCGCACUAGCUGUAGAUCAUCUGCUCGAAAGGUACCAAUCAAUGACGAUGCGGUUAAUUCCCAGAUUCUAACAAGGACUCGACGAGGGGCCAAGACUGUUGUUGCUGGAGAAGACAAUGAAAAUGGGAAGCUUGACGUCCCUGAAACUCCAGCAGGACAGAGUUGCCGAAGAAGGGCUCCAAUUGCUCCAGUUCGGCCAAAGAUGGAGACCCAGUUGGAGAUUGAGAUGGAAGCUGAGAAAAAGGAACAAUUGAUUCAAGCUGAGGAGGAGAAAAAGGGUGUUCCUGAAACGCCUGUGGCAACUACGGCCCACCGAUUGAGGGCUACACGUUCUUCAGCUCGCGUAGUGUCUGUGAAUCAGAAGGUGGAGGCUUCUAUGAGUAAUGUCCGUAGCACUCGUAGAACUACUACAAGAAAUACUGAAAACAGUGUAAUGGAGUUGAGUUUGGAUGGUGAUGAUGAGAUUGAACCUGCAAAUCUCGAUGAUGAUGAAAAGAAGGAUAUUCCCAGUAAAGUAGAGACUCCUGUUGUACCAUCUGAAGGCAUUGCAGAGAUUAUAACCCAGGAUUCAGAACCUUCCAGUCAGACAAUGGAUGUGGAAUCCGAAGUAACUGAAGAGACUAAAGAUGAUGUUAUUGAAACUGAGAUUGAUGAAGUAUCUGGUCAGACUUUGAAUGCAGAAGCGGAAAUGGAUGAAGAUGUUGAGAUUUUAUCUGAAAACUCAAUUGAGAAAUUACAAGAGAGUUCAGAACCUUCCAGUCAGACCAUGAAUGUGCAAUCUGAAGAAACUAAAGACUAUGUUAUGAAGACCGAGAAUGAUGAAGUAUCUGGUCAGACUUUGAAUGCAGAAGCAGAAAUGGAUGAAGGUGAUGAAGAUGUAUUGAAAACAAAUGAGGGAAUGGGUGUUUCAAUUGCCCAUUUGGGGGAUCAAUUUGAUAAAUCACUCAAUUUGGGAGAUGAAAUCAUUGAAAAGAAGGAGGUGGCCGUGAAAGACUACAGUGUUUGCAGUUUGAGGCAGCUGAAGAAGCAAGUCAAACAAAUUGCUGCAAACAAGGGAAAGAAGAAUGAUGCAUCAGAAGAGGAGGAGGUUGUAAAUGCAAGAGCAGCCUUGCAAAAUCUUUCAGAAAACAGUAUGGUGGUUGAUAAAAACUAAGUCUGAAAAAAGUGGGGAACUAGAGAAAACAGAUCCAAUCAUUUUUGGAUUUUUAAGUCAUCAUGGGUUACAAUGUUUUGUUGUUGUUUUUUUAUUAUUUAUUUUUGGAUAUUAUGUGAUCGAGAUUCUUGAUAUUUCUUGGGAGGGGAAGUGAGGUGAGGUGAGUGAGAGAGGUUCAAACCUUGGUUUGCCUUCAUUUCUCGUAUUUUAGAUAAAUUUGAAUUUUGCUUAAGUUGUUGAGGAUCAAAAACUUUUUUCUUCUUUCUUUAAUAGAAAUGCCUUUUGUUUUAA